AUGGUUUUGCCCCUGGCUAGCAGCAACAUGGAGCUGCAGCCAGACAAUGGGCUCUAUGUCCGCAACAACACUGGCGACUGGAGGCUGAAGUCUGAAGAGCCGCGAAGCCGCAGAAACUCCAUCCCCCCAGCGAAGGCUCCAAUUGCCAAGCACAUGUUGGCUUACCUGCCUCGGCCCCCCACAGAAACAAGCCAAUAUGGGACCUUUCCUCAGAAGCCUGAAAUGAUAGCUGUUUCAAUGGGUCCUAUAGACAGGAGCCACCAGCAAACGGAAACUGCAGCCACCAAGAAAAGUGCCCUGACAUGCAACUACGUGUCGGUACCCUGCAGCUCAAACAUCCCCAAUGACAGGACAGUCCUUCUCCAGCGGAGGUUCAGCACCGCAGAGCAGGUUGUGCCUACCAAGCAUCGUCCCAGAGUCUCAAUCGAUACAGAUGAAUUGCCCAGAUACCACCGGACCUCCAGAACUGACCCGCCACCACCUUCUCUGUUGCGGGACUUCAAUGCCCGGCUUUAUCCCCAGCAUGCUUUCAGUGCGCCCAACAUCAUCAACUCGUCGCGGAACAAAACCCCAACCCGUAGCAUCAUUUCCGUGCCGUCCUCGGACAAAGGGCAGAGCCGGCGCUGUAAACUCAUAGACGAUGAUCGGCAGUUUGGCUGGGGUAACAAGCAGCAGCGGCAGCGCUACGUCACCAAGGUGGGUAAGUGCCAGGUGAACCUGGGCAACAUUCAGGAAAAGAAGAGGUUCCUCUCAGACAUCUUUACCACCAUUGUGGAUCUCAAGUACCGCUGGUUCCUCUUUGUCUUCAGCAUGUGUUACAUCAUCACCUGGGUGGUCUUUGGCAUCAUAUAUUACUUUGAUGCCUGGGUCCGAGAUGAUGUCAACCACAUAGGUGACCCCGAGUGGAAGGCUUGCAUCGAGAACAUUGAUAACUUCAUCUCUGCCUUACUGUUCUCUGUAGAAAGCCAGCGGACAAUUGGCUACGGAUCUCGGAUUGUGACGGCCAAUUGCUCAGAGGGGGUCAUCUUGCUAAUGGCCCAGUCCAUCAUUGGUUCUAUGAUAGAUGCCCUCAUGGUGGGCUGCAUGUUUGUCAAGAUCUCCAGACCCAAGAAGCGUGCCCAGACCUUAAUAUUCAGCAAGAAGUGUGUCAUCUCCCACCGGGAUGAGAAGCUUUGCCUCAUGUUCCGCAUCGGAGAUCUCCGGGACAGUCACAUGGUAGAUGCAAAGAUAAGAGCCAAGCUAAUCAAGUCCAGGCAAACAAAGGAGGGGGAGUUCAUCCCACUGGAGCAGUCAGAACUGAACCUGGGUUAUGACACAGGGGAGGACCGACUGUUCCUGGUGGAGCCACAGAUAAUUUGUCAUGUCAUCAAUGAGGUCAGCCCCUUCUGGGAGAUGUCUGCGGACACAUUGAAGAAGGAGCAGUUUGAAAUCAUCAUCAUCCUUGAAGGCAUUGUGGAAGCCACAGGAAUGACGUGUCAAGCCCGGACCUCCUACGUGGAGGACGAGAUCCUGUGGGGCCACCGCUUUGAGCCCUGCAUGACGUUGGAGAAAGGCGCUUUCCGUGUAGAUUACACCCGCUUUGAGAAGACCUUCGAAGUCCAGACGCCAGUGACUAGCGCACGGGAGAUGUAUGAACAGCGGGAGAUGGAAAACCAGGACCAGUCGACUCUCAGCUUGUACUGGGACCAUCUGCUGCACCCCUGUCUGUCGGCAGAGCUCAACAACGAUGGUCCCAGUGAGGAAGGCCUCUCCAAGCUGGGCUUCUCCAACAUCACAGAAGAGGAGAGAAGUACCGAAUUCAAAAACCCAGAGGCCAGUGUUUAA